GCGGGUCGCCCCCGCGGUGGCCGCCGGCGAGGCGAGGAAGAGGCGGAGGAGGAGGCGGAGGCGGCCGCCGGUCGGCGAGGCGAUGGCGUCGUACAUGGGCAGCCGGACCCUCAGCAAGGACGACGUGAACUACCGGCUUCACUUCCGCAUGAUCAACGAGCAGCAAGUGGAGGACAUCACGCUGGAGUUCUUCUACCGGCCGCACACCAUCACCCUGCUCAGCUUCACCAUCCUCAGCCUCAUGGCCUUCGCCUUCACCAGGGAUGAUUCAACCCCAGGAGAUAAUAUUUGGAAAGGCAUCCUCUGCGUGAUCUUCUUCUUUCUAAUCAUCAGUGUUUUAGCCUUUCCAAAUGGGCCUUUCACUCGCCCACACCCUGCAAUAUGGCGUAUGGUUUUUGGUUUGAGUGUUCUCUAUUUUCUGUUUCUGGCAUUCCUGCUCUUCCUUAACUUUGAGCAGGUGAAAUCCGUGAUGUACUGGCUCGAUCCCAAUCUCCGAUAUGCGACAAGGGAAGCAGAUAUCAUGGAAUAUGCUGAGAACUGCCAUAUUAUUACUUGGGAGCGAAUCCUCAGCCAUUUUGACAUAUUUGCUUUUGGACAUUUCUGGGGCUGGGCAAUGAAGGCUUUGUUAAUCCGCAGCUAUGGGCUGUGUUGGACUAUUAGCAUCACCUGGGAGCUAACUGAGCUGUUCUUCAUGCACCUGCUGCCUAAUUUUGCUGAAUGCUGGUGGGAUCAAGUCAUUUUGGACAUCCUGCUAUGUAACGGGGGUGGCAUCUGGUUGGGCAUGGUAGUUUGUCGUUGGUUGGAGAUGAGGACCUAUCACUGGGCAAGCUUCAAGGACAUUCACACCACCACAGGUAAAAUCAAGAGAGCUGUGUUACAGUUCACUCCAGCAAGCUGGACCUAUGUUCGCUGGUUUGAUCCCAAGUCUUCAUUUCAAAGAGUGGCUGGAGUAUACCUUUUCAUGAUUAUCUGGCAGUUGACUGAGCUGAACACAUUUUUCUUGAAACAUAUCUUUGUUUUCCAUGCAAGUCACCCCUUAAGCUGGGGUAGGAUCCUCUUCAUUGGAAUCAUCACAGCGCCCACUGUGAGGCAAUACUAUGCUUAUCUCACAGACACACAGUGCAAAAGGGUAGGAACUCAGUGCUGGGUGUUUGGAGUUAUUGGUUUCCUGGAAGCUAUUGUGUGCAUCAAAUUUGGUCAAGACCUCUUCUCCAAAACACAGAUAUUAUAUGUUGUGUUUUGGCUCCUUUGUGUGGCCGUUACUACUUUCCUAUGUUUAUAUGGAAUGGUUUGGUAUGCAGACCACUACGGACAGCGAGAAAAGACACUGUCAGAAAGUGAAGACAGCUCAUACAUCCCAGAUGCUUCCUGGCUUAACUCUAAGUUUACUAGAGGAACAGAAGACAGUCCGCCCAAACACUCGAGCAACAGCGAGAGCCAUUCAUCUAGGAGGAGGAAUCGCCAUUCGAAAACAAAAGUAACCAAUGGAAUUGGCAAGAGAUAGAGAGACAGACAAGAGAGAAGGAGAAAGAGAGAGGAUCAGUUUCUAGAUUUGUUCCAGAAGUGUGCCUCUGAGAGCAAAGAAGCAAAACUGGGCCUGGUUCUGAACUCCCUGCUUGAAGGUCAACAAGAGAAUAGGCGGAGGAGACAGGGGGAACAACAUCUUCAGCAACCAGAGUCCUUGGACCUUGUUAACAUGGAGCUCAUCCGUGUAUCGCAAAUCAUUCGCUGCCGUCACUUGCCAUCCAUUGGCUCAAAUCUUCUGCACUUGACACUCAAAACCGUAGUAAUAUGUUUAAAGGCAAAAUAGUUGCUUGUUCCUGAA